AUGAUGAAAGGAGAGGCGGAGAAGGAGAAUGCAAUGAUUUUGCCAGUCAAAAAGGUUCCCUUUACCAGUCGCAAAAGUCUAACCACUCCCAUGAGUAAAUUAAUACGUCGUCUGAGUGGAAUACCCUCGGAAAGCAGUACUCCUGAACCGCUACGAAAGGCGAGACUAUCGUUUCAAACCUGGAAACGUCGAAAAUCUGUUAGUCAGGAAAGGAAAGAAGAGGCUGAUGGUAGGGAGAAGCACGAGCCCGUGGUGCUUCCAUCACUGAUUGCAAGCACUCCUACGGGUCAGCCAUUACUGACCCUGAAAAGAGCUCCCAUUGCUGAGACUGAAGAGGUAAAUCUACCGGAUGUAAAGAAGCCUAGACUUAUUGUUACGGCUGCUCGAAGAUUAUCCGCUUUAUCCGCUAGACCUAUACGGGGCAACCACCGCCUCCGAAGCAAGAGAGUGACUGAUAUUUUGUCUCCAUCCGAAACAAUCAAUGGGGUUCGCUAUUCUAAUACCAGUGAUUCGAAACGAUCGCGCAGUGCACAGCUCGGAGUAAACUACCUGCCUUCAACCGAUGCCAUCUUUGAUGAAUAUUCUUUUGGAAUGAGCAUUGAAGACAGCGCUAGUGUGUCUCGUAAAAACGUAGUGUCAGAACUACCCAUACAACCAGUGUCGACUAGUGAGUUCAACGGUAACGCUGGAACUUCAUCUCCAAGCUUGGGUCUAACUUCACUGUCUCCGGAACCCUUAACUCCUUCCAAUUUCCCUAAAUCAAAGGAAAUGGUUCAAAGAGUUGGAAAGACCCUGUUUAAUAAGGAUCCAUAUUCGGGUAUUGAUUACUUGGUAAAACAGGGGAUAUUAUCAUUCGAACCGAGAAUAAUAGCGGAAUUCUUGACCAAGGAAGGUCUGAGUAGGCAAGCAAUUGGCGAGUACUUCGGCAAACUGUCUGAUCCAUUGGCGCUUAAAGUGACAGAGGAGUUCGUCAAUCAUCUAAAUCUGCGUCAUGUGGAGUUGGAUAUCGCCUUGCGACGCCUACUAGAAAAGGUACAUCCAGACGGUGAAUCUCAGAAGAUGGAAUUCCUCUUAGAGGUACUAAAAAAGUGCUACAUUGAACAGAAUCAGGAAAAGGUUGAAAGGGAGUUUCACGACCCAGAAACCAUUGGAGUUCUUGCUUAUUCUAUCAUGCUCCUUCAUACCACCUUCUAUAAUCGAAGUGCGCGCAAGUACGGCAAACCUAUGACGAAGAUUGAGUUUAUCAACAACAAUCGUGGCAUUGAUAAUGGCCGAGAUAUCUCUGCGAAACGCCUUGAAGCUAUCUACGACAGGAUUGCAGAGAAUGAAUUUAGGACUCUGCCUGAUCCAAUUGACCGUCUCCGAAGGGUCGAUAGGCUCUUCACAGGUCCUUUGAAACCGGAGAAACUUGUUCAACGUUAUCGUCGAUUCAUAGCUUGGUUUUCCGCUUUGGAGGUUAAUGACUUUACUGCUCGAAAACCGCUCAUCUCCCGACCUACCUCACUAAUUCGAUGCUUCUUUAUGUUCAACGAUCUUCUGGUAAUUACCAAACCACUUGGCAUGAACCGUGCUAACGCAGUAGAUGACCUCCUUGCUAGUGGAAGUCACCGGUCACGGUCGAUUGAUCGAAUGAUUAAUAGGGUUGGCAGUCCAGCUCCUUUAACAGUGAUAAGUCCUCCGAAUACGAACUUUGUUUUAGAAACACCAAGCUGUCAAAAGUGGGGUUCAAGAGCUAAUGAUAUUCAACUGCAUUGUUAUUAUUCUACAGAAGUACCACCCAACGCCCUAUUCCUUGUUCGACAGACCAUCCCUCUCAUCGACAUAAAGGUGCUCAACUUUGAAUGUGAAUAUUACAAGUAUGGCGUCCAGUUGUGCGAUGAGUUCAACGUACUUAUCAGCUUCAGUUUGCCAUCAAGUCACAUUCGUAAAAAAAUAAUCGAUCUUUUGCACAAAGGGAUUUGGGAGACGAAAGAGAUGAUGAAUUUCACCACUGGCGAAAGUCGACUACCGCUCAUUUCUCCAGAGUCAAAUGUAUCUACUUCGAGUAACCUGGGCUUUUCUUAA